GUUUGCUAACUACCAAUCAAAACAACAGGAGAAGAAGAGAACGCGGACGGUACAGUGGCGUCAUUUCAUUGUUCAUUCAUUGGUAUCGAGGCCUACGUCUCUUUAUAGGAUACACAGAAUUCAUCAUGGUGAAAAUUUUUAUUGGCAACCUUGCCUGCAAUGCCACAGCAGAGGAGCUACGGGAACUCUUCGAGAAGUACGGCAAAGUCACAGAAUGUGACACUGUCAAAAACUACGGCUUUGUACACAUGAGCAACAUGAGCGAGGCAGAGGAGGCCAUCAAAAACCUCCACCAGCACCAGCUGCACGGCUGGCGCAUGAAUGUGGAAAUGAGCAAAGGGAGGCCUAAGUCCACCACCAAACUGCAUGUCAGCAACCUCGGGGAAGAGGUCACUAGUGACGUUUUGAGGGCCAAGUUUGAAGAGUUUGGCCCAGUGGUGGAGUGUGACAUUGUUAAGGACUAUGCCUUUGUUCACAUGGAGCGAGUCGAAGAUGCAAUGGAAGCCAUCAGUAAGCUGGACAACACAGCCUACAAAGGCAAGCUGAUGAGCGUACAGCUAUCCACCAGUCGGCUUCGCACUGCCCCGGGAAUGGGAAAUCAUACGGGCUGCUUUGUCUGCGGGAAACACGGCCACUGGUCGAAAGACUGUCCAGUCGCUCGGAACGGUAGCCACAGUGACGGCAUGAGAGGCCGCGGCGCCCAGGCCCCGCCACACGGUCUCCCAAGUUAUGGCAGCUACGGGAUGGCCUCACCUGCAGCAGCUGAUUACAUGAGUGGCUCUGCAUAUAGUCCGGCUAGUUACGUAGGUGGGUUGCCUCCACCUCUUCCCCACAGGCUUAGCGGCUACGCCUCUGAGCCAGGGGAUCGGUACAGCAGCAGAGCACCAGGCUCCUAUGCUGAUAGGUCACCAGCCUUUGAUCGUGACCAUUUCUAUAGCAGCGUCAACUAUUAUGAGAAGUACAGAGCUCAUCCUUUUGGCUCAAGCUAUUUUGAGGAUCGGCGCAUGUCCUACCUUCCCCCUCCCCCACCUUCCUCCAUCUCAAAGCUCUCAUCCAGUGUAGAUCCCUUUGAGCGUCAGGCCCUGCCUCCGCCUCAAGCGCCUGCCGCAUGCUACACAGGUGAGCACACCCCGACCAGACGAGCAGCUGUCCCAUCGGCUGCUUUGCCUAUGAGCGAACACAACUGUCGCCUGCCUCUGCCUCCAGGAGCUCAUACACAGCUGCACGACCCAAGGGUCAUUAUGCAUCACGUUAUGCGCCUUACUAAAGCCAGGUCUGUCUGUGAACUGCAAGACUUUUCCUUUGCCGUCACUUCAAGUGUGAUUCCUUCAGUCUGCGUUGAUGUACGGCAAAGAGACUCUGUUUGGAAAAUGGUGUCCGUAUCUUCUAGGCAUCUGAGAUGCCAGUGGCCUGCAGACGACUCGUCCUUUUCAGCCAUGUUCCCCUAGCUUGUUUUCUGAAGGGGCGAUUAGCAAAUGUCACACUUUGACAUUUUUCUUACUCUGCAGGUUUUCAGCUCGGGUUUUAGCCAAGUCUUUCUUUCUUUACAUGUCUCUCAUCAUUUGUUGCAAAUUGUUCAAAUCGGCAAAUAAUAAUUUUUGGUCUUUCUUUGUCAUUUAGACAUAUUCUUGUUCAGUUAAUACAUGUUUUGUUUUUUAAGAUUGCAUGAAGCAUACCUCAUUCCACAUAAUGGCAUAGGUUACCUGUUGCACAGA